UAGACAAUAAAAGACCACGAUGUUAUUUUUGCAUGUGCAUCAAAGUGACGGUUUUAGCACGUAUAUCAAACAACGUGUUGAAUUUUAAGGAUUUUACUUCGCAAAAUGCUGUAUCUAGUCGUCAUUUGAAAACGGGCUGUUUUUGAAGAACCUAGGUCAUCUAGCUAUCGUUGCAUUUUGAUAUUUUUGAAUUCACGAUUAGGCGUAUUUUAUUCGAAACGGUUUUAAACACAAAUAUAUGUUUAUAGACAAAAGGUGUUUGCCAAAUUAUAGACAAGGACUGACUUUGUCAAUAAAGAUAGUAAAAUAAAUUAAUCGUAAUGCCAAUUUUCGCGCGUAACGUUACAUAACUAUUGACUUUUUUUUUACAGUAACACCUAUUAUAAUUAUUUUAAGUGUACAAGUUAAAAGCUUAAUAAUGAUGCAGCUAAAAAUGCGAUUUAAAACUAUUUUACUGUUUCCCACUGGGUGGCGAGCGCACGUUUUUAUUUAUAACGGCCGUGGUGGAAAUAUGAAAUACAGACAUAGAAAUCGAAAUAUACAGGAAAUGCGUGUACAAAGACAAGGAUCACUAAAUGGGCGGAGCUUGGUGUGCUGUAAAGAAUGAUUGGACCACGCAGCGCCCCCUUACGCGCUUACGCGAGUUUACCGCCGUCUGUAAGGACAGUUUCCAUUCUUGCUAGUUUCACUUUCGCAAGCGCAGGCAAGGGAAAAGCGAGCCGCAGAAGAAGAGCUCCACUCAGUUUGUUUACAUCAGCAGGAGGUGACAGAACAGAGGCAGCUCUGACAGUAUGGCUCAAACUUUCAGUCUAUGACUUGGUGUGAUUUAUGCCAUCGACCGACCGGGAGUCAUGGGCGAGUUAGCUUGUCUUUCUGUGCUGUGCUGGCUGUGGCUUUGCCCGGUGGUGUCCGGCGAACAGGUGGCUUUUGUAGAGGUGUUUCUGGAAGACCAUCGGGAUGUUUUGCAGGGUGAGGUGGUCCAGGGGAGUCUGGAGGACGACCCCGUGGAAAACCACAACAAAAAGAAACAUGACCUCAACGGAGACCUCGUUUUAAUAAAAAAUGAAGCUAUUAAAACCAACAGUGAAAUCAGUGAUGGGAAGGAUCCAAACCCCUGGAUUGGAGUGGUCCCUGUCCAGAUGGAGGAAGGCACAGUUUCCAGUAACAGCAACCAGGAGUCGUUUGCUGCCUCUGUGGUCAAUAAGAUGAAACGUGCUCUUGUUUUGGGUGCAUCAGCUCUGAUCAUCCUGGCUUUAAACCAGAAUACUGUCCGGGAGAUGGAUCUCUCUCAGGUCCUCUCGAAGCCAGUCAUUAUCAUUCAGACGUCAGAAAAUGUCACUAAGCUCAUUGGAGCACUCCUCAGGGGCCUUCGCGCAACAGCAAAAAUCACUUACAAGUCUUUUCUACAGGACAGUCUGGGGGCCACCUUGACCCUGUGGUCCAGCUGUGGCCGUUCGAGAGGAGGGUUGUACGGGGAAUGGCAAGGGGUCAUCUGCACCGGGGAGACCAACUCUCAGGUCCAGAAAUAUCUCCAGCAGCUGUGGAACACCGUCGUUCUGGUGGCCCUGGUCCUCUCCACAGGGGUCAUAGUUCAUGCACGCUGGCAGUAUCAGGACAACCAGUUUAAUGAUGACUUGGAGUCAGACCCGAAGCAAGACGUUUUAAAGAGAUUAUCAGCACUGAAGACAAGGAUAUAUCGGCAGCCCAAAGCGAGAUGCGACCCAACACAAGCUCAGCCGGUGGAGAUGGACAGCUGUGCAGUUUGUUUGGAGCAAUACAACAACCACCAGUGUUUGAGGGUGUUACCUUGCCUCCAUGAAUUCCACAGAGACUGUGUAGAUCCCUGGCUUCUCCUUCAGCAGACCUGUCCUCUCUGCAAACGUAGCGUGCUCGGUAAUUUUUAUUGAGCUGGACCAGGAAGGACUCCGGAUUAUCGAUUUGUAUGAAUCGGAUCGACUCUCUUCCGAUUCAGACUUUUCACGGCAACUAAACCCCUCCACCGUACCGUAAGGUCAGAAUAUCUCCGUUUGACCUUUCCAAAGACUAUAAACCUUGAGCUCUUUUUCAAGAGACCCCAGGACUUGUUCCUGAUCUUUGCUCAAACCACUUGAGAAGUUUCUUGAAGGCAGAUCCUUGCACGUGGGAUCGGUUCUUUUGCGCACAGGACUAGUGUUCGUUGAACAGGCUCAACAGUUCCAAGAUACACGGAUUGCGAAGACAUAUGCACAGCGAAAAACACAAGUAAUAUUUUAGUUCUCUUCAAAUCAAGGACGAAUCAUGCACCGUCAAGGGUUUGCAUAAAGUUUGGAUACUUGGAAGGGGAGAAAAAAAAAGAAAUAGUCAUUAGAUUAUCACUUAAAACUUUUCCUUUGAUACGAGACCAGGGGCCAGUUGCAUAAACUUAGUCACCAUCUUCAGACUGCGUCUUAGGAACUAGUUUGACCGACUAGCAGUUGCCAAAGUGGUAAUGAGUCUUACUUCUCCAGUACAAUUAAGACUUUUAUCGUAAGUGAAUAAAACAAAUUAUGACCAGUCUUGAAGAAAAUGGCUAACUGUUUUGCAACCUGCCAGGGCUGGUUCCUGACCUGGCUCUUUUUCGGUUGUGACCUUGACAUCUUUUGAAAACGUAUAAAAUGUUUUUAGACCUUUAAGCAGAAACAUUAUGAUUAUGUUUGUUUUUGGACAGGUUGUGCGGUAGAGCCCCGCAUGACCAAAAUCUUGAUCAUGAUCUUAAAAAAUAUUUACAGACUGCAAGUGCAUUUACAUGCAUUUUAGAAGUUCGUUUUUUUAGAUGGCAUGUAAAUGCUUCAUUCUAGUCAGGUUUUUCAGUGGUUGGACUAAUUGACCUUUGACCUACCGUUAAUAAGUUUACCGAAUCAGUUUAAAAAGAAAUGAACCCUUUUAGUCAGAAUAUACUGAAAACUUUAUAAGCAUUAUAAAAUGUAUAAUAUUUACAGAAUUUUAAAAGAUUUGAAAGUUAAUUUCCGAAGAGCCACGGAACAUUGAAUACUGGAGCAACGUCUACUAAAAAUGCAGCUUUGCCAUCACAGACCUCACAUGAUAACACUUAUUUUUAAAUGUACUAAAAUAGAAAAUAUUAUUAUGAAAUUUUGAGUAAACGUUAAAAUGACAACUCAGUUGUAGCUCAGCAAGAGUUGGCCCCAAAAUAUGUGUUCCUAAUCCUUUCCAUUUGUAAUUAGACAUUGUGUCAUAAAUACUUGAAUGGAUAGAUGAAGGCUGUAGCUCGUCUAUGCAAAAACCUGCUGUAGCUUCAUUAUAUCUCCGCGUGUUAAUGUACUUAAUGAUACAAUAUCGGUAUAUGGAGUCUCAAGACAGCCAAUCAGAGCAUCUCGAUCUGUGGUUAUGCCAAAUUUCCCCUCUGUCUUGAAUCCACGAUAUCUCAGGAGGGCGCCUUGCCAGACAGGAAGACAACCAUUACGUCACAUUAAACACUCACACAAAGAGGAACAAUGUAGAAACACGUUCUUAAGAACAGUAUUUAUUCUUGUUUUAUCUUUCAAAGGCUCGCUUUAUGUCAAAAGCUUUCUCAAAUAAGCUUUCUUUUACAAAACGCUUAGAAUGUUUCCUAGCGAGCAGAAAUAUGUUGCUCUAAAUGGCAAGGUAACGUUGCCUGUUCAAAGUCUGUAGGAGGAAAAACGAUGUCUCUCUCUGCUAGAAUGACAAAUGCUCGCAGCCUUUGGCACAAAAUGACGUGUGUGUGACUCCACAACCUCCGACAGGGAGGUUUCUCAGAAACACUGCUCCGAGGUCAAGUCUUAAUAGCUUUUUGAACCCUUAAAGAACUGGAAACAGGAUCUUAUGAGCUGCAUUUUUGCUUCGAUAUUGUAACGUACCACAUCUUUUAAGUUCCUUCUCAGAUUUAUUUUAGAUGCUACAUUCACAAACCUGAUGUUCCUUUAUUUAUUGAACUUUCUUUAACAGUGCAAUAACUGUUUGUAUCUCUGUUCAAUAAACUCUUGUGUUACAGGGCAAAAGA